UUAACUUAAAAGAAAAUGGAAAACAACGAUACAAAAGCCUUGAACGAAGAACAUGACCCUGAACUCGACGAAUUAGAACAAAUAUUCCUGGAUGAAGAGGCUACCUCAAGCUCGACUGUAGCAACGAAGGCCAAUUCGUCGGACAUUGAGCGAGAAAAAGUUUUAUUGGACCUGCUAUCGGAGGAAGCAAAAGAAACUAAAUCUUUGGUGCACGACCCAGACCGAGAUUCCAGUGAUGAUGAGGACGUCCGAAACUUUCUGGAACAAAAAUACAACGAAUAUGGACGUGACAUCAGUGCAAGUCUCAAGAAGAAGGAAGAAGAACAAAAAGAUCGAAGAAUCUCACAUGAAGUAACGACAGCGUUGAAAACGGGGACUACGUCUCGUGUCGGUGUAAUCGGUCCUUCAAACUCUUUCAAACAAAAGGCUACGACAUCGACGGACACCAAACCAGCUCCAAUCACCAAAUUCUUCGAAAAAACGACAAUUUAUACGGAUCCGGUAUUUGGGAUGCGAAUUAAACAGCCUCUCAUUUCGAGUGCAAUGUUAGUCGAACGAAUGCAAAAUCGAACUCCCGUCAGUUUCGCUCGCAUUCGUUAUCACACGGAGCAAGGUGGAGAUUUGAGUAAAGAUUGGGUAGUUGCCGGAGCGAUAAUUUCAAAAGCCGUGAAAGAAUCGAAAAAAGGAGCUAAAUUUAGUAUUUGGAAACUGUCUGACCUACGACCGGGCAUGAAAAUUGUCACGGUGUUCUUGUUCAAGGCAGCACACAACGAAUUAUGGAAAACACCAGAAGGAAUGGUCAUUGGGAUUCUGAAUCCCGGGGUUUUGGAACGAAAGGACGAGAAUAAAGAAGAGGCAGUUCUCUCCGUAGACAAUGCUCAAAAAAUUAUGCUUCUGGGACAGAGCAGAGAUCUAGGCAAAUGUCGCAGUAAAACGAAGAACGGCGAACAAUGUCAGUCAAUAGUAAAUUUAACGGAUUGCGAAUAUUGCGUUUUUCACGUCAAACAAGAGUAUAGCAAAGCCUCGAAACGCAGUGAUAUUCAAUCGUCGACAGCUGGUCGUGGUUUGAACGAACUUCGAAACAAAAUUUUAGGGAAGAAUGAGGUUUUUUACGGGGGACAGUCCUUUUCAGCGAUUCCAGCUAAGAAAAAUGCAAAACAAGUCGCGAAAGAUCAACAUAGACUAAUGACCUUGUCGGAAUAUUAUCAAAGUCCAAACGGACCAACUCCAAGGGCACCGACGUCAGUUCCAGAUGCCACGAGUAAACCAAAGAGUCGAUUGGGUGCCGAAAGACACGAAAUUGAUGUCAAACAAAGGAAAAGAGAUUUGGAACGACUUGCUUUGUUGGGUGGACCUUCUGAGCUAAAUUUAUCUUCAACUUCGUUAUCAUCGCCGCAAUCUCAUAAUUCUCCCAAAAUAAACACUUUGGCAAGUAAAACAGCGACUCAAACUCCUCCACCACCUGCUCCCGAUUCUUGGAAGAACCAAAAGACGCAAGAAUUGUUGUUUUCUUCACAAAAGCGACAAUUGGCUGCCCCAAAGCUUUCCAGUGGAAAUUUCACGGUUGACCUCUCAAUGUCAUCGAAACAGGCAAUGAUUGCCAAACAACAUGCAAUUAAUUUACUCAAAAAUAAACCAAUAGAAAAAGCUAAUCCGAAUUUCAUCAAGCACAGAGGCACUGAAGCAGGCAAGAAGCGGGCUUUAGAAGAACUCGACCAAAAUUUGACUGGUUUAGAACAGGAUGUUAAGAAACAGAAAAUUGAUAAGGCUAAUGAAGAAAAUGCUAAACGAGAACGUCUCUUGCGAAUUAUGAACGCUACUUCAAGUCACAACGAUAUCCUCGAAGUAAAAGAACUGGAGAGACAAGAUAAAUAUUUUACCAAUCUCGAGAAAAAAGAAGCAAUGGAAGAAAAAAUGUUGAAUACAACAAAAGUUGCAUGCAAGGCUGUUAUUUGUUUGACCUGCAAAUACGUAGCAUUAUCAGCUGCAGAUCGGUGCAAGGAAGAACGCCACCCAUUAAAAAUUAGAGAGGCAGAAAAACGCUUCUUCAAGUGCCAUGAUUGUGGUUAUCGAACUAUCAGUUUACAUAGAAUUCCCAAAUUAGCGUGUAAAAUAUGUUCGUCCUCCAGAUGGGACAGGACGUCAAUGAUGCCAGAAAAAACGGUAAAAGUGGGAGAGCAAUUGUCGAUUAGAGGUGACGAAGAAACAUUCAUCGGCAAUAUAAGCGGCUCAGCGAAUUUGAAUUUGCUUGUUCCGGACAACUGAGAAAUAAAACUGAUGAUGAUUUUUCUUUUAUUUUGUUGAAUAAUGAUAACCAACAUUUAUUUUUGUUGUUGUUUUUAAUAAAUACGUGUAAACAUU